AUGGAGGGGGCGAGCGGGUCGAGCUUCGGGAUAGACACGAUCCUGUCGGGCGGCGGCUCCGGCAGCCCCGGCAGCAUGAACGGGGACUUUCGCGCGCACGGCGACGCGCGGGCCGCGGAUUUUCGGAGCCAGGCCACGCCGUCGCCCUGCUCGGAGAUCGACACGGUGGGCACGGCGCCCUCGUCGCCCAUCUCGGUGAGCAUGGAGCACCCCGAGCCGCACCUGGCGGGCGCGGAGAGCCUCCCGCCGCCGCCGCACCACCUCCACCUGGGCCCGCACCCGCCGCCGCCUCCGCAAAGUUUGCAGCCGUCGCCCCCGCAGCCGCCGCCCCAGCUGGGCUCGGCCAGCUCCGGCCCCAGGACUUCCACUUCUUCUUUUUUAAUUAAGGACAUUUUGGGCGACAGCAAACCGCUGGCGGCGUGUGCACCUUACAGUACCAGCGUCCCCUCUCCCCAUCACACUCCCAAGCAGGAGGGCACGGCAGCCCCGGAAAGCUUCAGGCCAAAGCUCGAGCAGGAGGACAGCAAGGGCAAGCUGGACAAGCGUGACGACACGCAGGGCGACAUCAAAUGCCACGGGACAAAGGAGGAGGGUGACCGGGAGAUCAGCAGCAGCCGGGACAGCCCGCCCGUGCGGGCCAAGAAGCCGCGCAAGGCGCGCACGGCCUUCUCGGACCACCAGCUCAACCAGCUGGAGCGCAGCUUCGAGCGCCAGAAGUACCUGAGCGUGCAGGACCGCAUGGACCUGGCGGCCGCGCUCAACCUCACCGACACGCAGGUGAAAACCUGGUACCAGAACCGCAGGACGAAGUGGAAGCGGCAAACGGCGGUGGGACUGGAGCUGCUGGCCGAGGCCGGCAACUACUCGGCGUUGCAGAGGAUGUUCCCUUCGCCCUAUUUCUACCACCCCAGCCUGCUGGGCAGCAUGGACAGCACGACGGCGGCAGCGGCGGCCGCGGCCAUGUACAGCAGCAUGUACCGGACUCCCCCCGCGCCGCACCCCCAGCUCCAGCGGCCGCUCGUGCCGCGGGUGCUCAUCCACGGGCUGGGGCCCGGCGGGCAGCCGGCCCUCAAUCCCCUGGGCAACCCCAUGCCGGGCACCCCGCACCCCCGGUGA